AUCUGUUAAUGCUUUUAUUUUGUAUCAGCCUACCGGAAGUUCAACUACUUCAAUCCAGGUAACUUGAUGUAGCGUCUCCGGCCGCCCUGGGCAGAUAAAACCAGGACUGUUGCGCGGCUUGUUUGCUGCGGGAGAGACGUGUUUACUCUCCGCGUCGACAGCCCACACGGACGUAACAGGCAACGCAUUCCCGUCUCUGUUUUCUUUCUGGGCGGCACAUUAACCUCCCGGGACGAUGAAUGGUAAGUCAACGAACGGCUCGUUGGGGGGGAUGGCCUGCAUCGACGGUCUGCCCCCGCUGCCGAAGAGCCUGAGCGGCUUGCUGAACUCGAGCGGCGGCUCCUGGAGAGACAUGGAGAGGAUGUACGUGAAGAAGACUAUGAUCCAGGACGACCUGAGCCGAGGCAGGAGCAACGCCGACAACCUGCUGGCCAACAAGCCGGCCAGCCUCGACGCCGCCCUGGCUCUCCUGCGGAAAGAGAUGGUGGGGUUGCGUCAGCAGGACAUGUCGCUGCUGUGCCAGCUGUGGUCGCUCCACGAGUCCAUCCAGGAUUACAAGGGCAGCUGCCAGGACCUGAGCUCCGCCUCCAGCCUCGGCAUGAUGGAGAACGGCUACUUCGACGAGGACGACGAGGAUUACCCGGAGCCUGGCGCCACUCCCACCGGGGAGCAGCCGGAAGGAGCGAUCGGAGACGGGACGCCAAAGAACGGGAGCGGCAUCGGCAAAGACGACAGCUGGGACUCCUUUCACAUCACCAUCUGAGGCCUCGCCUUCAGCAUACCGUUUCUUCUGCAGAUGGAUACAUAUUUGGGGGGGGGGGUAAAAGACUCGAGUUUCUGGAAACCUUGUGGCUCCCCACGAAGGAACCAGUUAGUUCGAGGUCGCAGUUUAUGGGACGCCACACUAGACUCAGUCCAGCUCCUCCUCAGGUGAAACGCGCCCCUGCUUGUGCUGCAGAAGUGUUUUUGUUUAUUUUGAAUGUUUUGCAGCGUGACCGGGAGCUCCCUCGGGAGCUGGUUGUUUGGACACGCCGCUUGUUGACGCCCUCUCAAACUCAGCAGUUGAGAUGGAUUGUAAUCCAGGACUCCAUCUACACUAUACAUUAGGAAAUAUAUAUAUAUAUAGUUCUUUUUAUUUAAAAAAAGCUCUGUGGCUGCUGCUUAUAUAUAUCAAGUGGUUUUGCUAGCCCUUUUUUUCAUGAAAAAAUUAUGAACAAAGUUGUAUUAUUUAUUAUAUAAUAUAAAUAUCAAGCUAUUUAGUUUUCUGGUGCUUUCAAUGGAGGUCUAGUACCGCAACUCUACCCAGGUAUCAGGGUGUGUAGACAUUUCGGGUAAAUUGGGACUCAGCAGAUUCUGGACUCGGCAGACUAGCUGCAAAGAGUCGGUCGCCUGCGUGGACACGCUGAAAAAAAAUGGUAAUCAUUAAUUAAUGUUUCCUGGAUCAAAUGUCUGAUUCAGCCAUUACACACAACCAGCGCUGAGACUUUUCUUCUUUUGAUAUUCUCAAAUGCGCGUGGCCGAGGAACCGCGAGUGGCUCGAUGUCGGCUCAGUGACACCGAUGGAGAAGGAGCAGAAACCUAAUUGGCCAGCCAGUUUGGAUGAGCUUUUGCGUGGACGUCCCGCUCAACAGGAUCAUCACCAGGCUGGUCACAGGGGCGUAGUGGGUAUAAAGGGUAGAAUUGGUGUUUUUAAUUGCAGUUUACCUCCAAAAAACGGAAGUAAAUGUGGAGCUUACGAGACACUCCUGGUCACGAACAAGAUUGUAACGGCAAGCGGUUUAACUGGAGACCUCGAUGGGUGUCUGCUGGCGCUUCUGAUUGAAACCCUCCACAAAGACGGCCUUAUUUCAGAAGUCUUGUUUUCUCUUUGCCGUCACCCUCUAUUCUGUGACUGGGUGUUCUUCCUUAUUGAUCUCUUGAACUCCACAGAAAAGCGUUGAGCUGAACCCGUAGCAUGCAGUACCACAUCCCGCCACACGGCUGUUAAAAUGACAUGUCAGCGCCCUUAUGCCGCCGCCUGUUUCGAGGCGUGCGCGUGCCACAAACCAAAGAAAGGGGAGCACUCAAAAAUAAAUGUACUUGGUUUAAGGAGCUGCAAUAAGGCCGUUUCUCCAUCAUGAACUGCUCUUGAAUAGUUACGUUUGACUUCAAAUGUCCAGAACAUGAAGGCACGUGAUGUCGUUACGGUUAUAAACACGGCGUCUCUGUCCUCGGUCAUUUUUCAUCGUGGCGGUGGUUCUGGCCGCGUAACAUUUUGAGACGUUUGUCGCUGAUUGACAAGUGAAAGUCUCCGUUGCGUCAUGUUGGUGUCGGUCAACGGUGAAGUCUCAGCAGCUGUGUGUGUCUCAUCGUGACCUCAUAUCACACGACUACCGACUCGCUUUCAACAUCUUGUGCUGUUAUUGUCCAUCAUGUGAGUUUUCUGAAUGGAACCAGAGGCCUCAACUCUGUCUUUGUGGAACAUCAUGGCGGCGACCAGUCGGGUCGAUCGUCGGCUCACUUUUAUUGGCCGCCGCUCUCCUCGGUCCAAAGGUUUCGGCUAUAAACGUGCGUCUGGAUCUUUCUAAUGUCACCUAUUAAAUUACCUGUUGAGGGUCAGUAAAAAAAAUUAAAAAACACCUGUUAUCACUGCAAACUAAUCUGGAGAAAACUACCGAUGUAACACUUCCGCACAGAGCUGCCCCCCCCCCCCCCCCCGAGUUAUUUAUUGGAUGUCGACACAAUUAGUGCCUUUUGAAAACCUUCCAGGUUUCAGACUGGACGAGAAUAAUAAACCACGGAGCGUUUGUAUCGUUUGACUCGCGUGACACGCACUCGGUGCUUAAUGCUGCUACCUGUAGAACAACCCGCUGCACCCCUCACUGGUAGUGGAUCACCGAUAUGCAGAUCUCAGAGGUGAUUUAAAGGCUGUUCAGAGAUUUUGGAGGUUCACUCUGCUGGUUUUUCUUUGCUCCUUUUUCAUAUUCCUGACGAGGACGCGGCUGUUGGGAAGCGCUCGCAUCCCGGAACGUGUCGCAGCCGUAACAUCCUGCACCUGUUGGUGGUGGUUGUUGCGUUGAAUAUCUCCUCAAAGUAAAUCUGCCCGGUCCGGAUUCAGGUGCUCAGUAUUACAGACACACGGUGCUCCUUGUGAUCCAGCGAUGGAGAGUAAGAAGAAACGUGCUUAAACUUGACCAGCGAGUUGUGCCCCAUAUUGUAACGUAUUGUUGUCGUGUCCCCCCCCCCCCCCCCCACACACACACACACCUACACACACACACACACACAUGUUUUCCUCUUCGUGUUGAUGGAUGUGCAAUGCGGUGAGGUCAUCUCAGGGUAACCUUGAGGCAACAUUUUAUUGUUGUGAUUUGUUCUUUGCCCCUGAUGGAAGAUUAUCAACGGGUAUUUUACUUUGGAGGGAUGUAAAAACAUUGGAACCCGAUUGUGAAUGUGCUCGGUGUGCCGCGUCGCCCUCUCACUGUGCCGCUCUCUUAAGGUCGAGUGGUAGAAGAGACUGACCACAAUAGACCAGAAUGCAAUGCAACCACAAUGACUUGGGGGCGUUUUGACUCCAAUGCUCGUGCUUCACCUCACGGCCCCUACUUUAGUGAAUGUUACUAAGCACUCUGGGACAUGUAGGCAGGGCGGAAUAAGAUGAGCUGCAACAAUGGCCGUGGUCGUCAUAAAAAAAAAUCGUGCUUUUGCCUGCGAAUGCCUCAAAGUCCAAGAGUUUUCCAACUUUUUCUCCAAGCUGGGGUCUUAUCAGGGGAAUCGUAGCAUGUGAAUCAGCCAAGUACAAGUAAUAAACACACCGAUGCUUUUUUACAGCCGAUUAUUCAGAUUGUUAUCCAACUUUUUCUAAUUACUGGCUGCAGUGUUAAAUUCGUUAUAAUCUGAGAAUGAAAUGUCUGACUUUGUAUUUAUACUGUAUCAUUCAUCAUAAUCAUUUAUUAAAUCACUAUUAGUGGGAAAGAA